GGACCGUGCGCGCAGUGCGGCUCUUCUCUCUCCAUUCCAACGCAACUUCCUGGAGUUGAACAGGACCUGGAGGCGGCGGGGCGGGGCGCCUUCAAGCUCAAAAGGGGCCUCCGUUAAGACUUUCUAUUUUUUUUUUCGGCCCAGAAAAAUGGCUAGAAAAGCAAUCGUUAAAUACAAAAAUAUUCCAGUCGUGCCUCAGCCCCACUCUUUUUGGCACCUCAUCUUUUAAUUUUUAUUAUGGCUAGGGCUGGGCCUCUAAAGCUGGAAGUGGCCCAGGCCUCUCUGGAUCUCUGAGAGCGCAGGGGGCGAGGGUACCUCCUUUCCGGCGGGCGGCGUUUCCUGCGGGAUCAGUCGGCACAGACCUUUCGCCCUAGGAUGUUUGCCUGCAGCAGCCGCACACCUGUGAAGAGAAGCUGUGGUUGGCCCCCGUGGCUUCUCUGUGCCUAGACGCGCGGAGCCGCUUUCUUUCCACGGGAAUUGCCCCCUUCCCAGUGGUUUGCUCCCUGCUCCAGUCUGGGAAUGGCUUUUAGUUUUAUUUAUUUAUAUUUAUUGUUUGUUUGUUUGUUUGUUAUUUCCGCGGCCUCUACGCCUGUCGGUUUGUUUUUCCCGGUUGGCUCGUGAUGCACUUUGGGAAAGCUUAUUGGGUUGAAAGGCGGGCGAGGAAAACUCUAAAGAAGGAAAACAAGAAGGAGGAGCAGCAGCCGCCCUUGGAACUCGCGGCGCGUGGAUGGACGCGCUCAACGGCGCCCUAGCUUGCGCCGCACAAAGGCCUAAAAGCGUGGAGAGCGGGUAGAGACCUUGGAGAUCUUCGAGACUAGUCGAAUCCUUCUCCGCAACGGAGAACAGGAACUUGCUACAGGCACAUGUUAGCAGUAGCACAGCCUCCGGCAAAGAAGCGAAGCGCCCGCGCCGGAAAACGAAAGUGGAAGUCCUGCGCGCAGUCGCCACCAACUGUCUCCCUGCUCUUGCCUGUCCAGACUAGAGUCGUUUGGUCCUCUCUUUCUCUUCCGCUCCGAUGUCUGCCUCGUUGGCCCCCGUCUGGGGCAAGGAACCCCUCCUCUUCUUCCUCCUCGGUGUUGUCCUGAGCACCUGUUCUCCACUGGAGCCCUCCAUGGCAAAGCUGGGCUGCUGGUUUGUGGAAGAGGCUGGGCGCGGCGGGUCGGUGAUGCCCAGCACCUUGUCCCAGCGCCGUGCUUUGUUGCUCCUGCCGCCACCAGGGAGGCGAAUGGAAGAAGCUCUCCUCCAGUCAGAACUGCCCCCGGAAGUGGAGCAUGGCCUGGCCUUCCAAUUAUUGGACCCCUCGGGGACUCUGUGGAGUGGCAGAGAUUCCAGUGCCACCCCCCUCUGGCUGGGAGAGGACCCGAGCGACACAGACUCCAUUUCCUGUGAGAUCAAUGCCUACGCCCCCCAAGAGGCCCACGUUCCCUGGGCAGCCGGCUUGGUGGGGCAGAAGGGCUGCCCCCGCUCCCUGGAAAAGGGGAAGUGGUUCAUUGCCACCGUCCAGCACUCUGAAGCAGGCUAUGGGGUCAGCAGCAUCCUGAAUGAGGAAGAAUCUUGGAACCAGAAUGCAGCAGCUAGUGGCGUCACCACGGCAACAGCGGUCCUCUCCGUGUUCACCCGGACCCCCCAGCUGCAGUCCCGUCUGGGCCAGGACGUGCUCAUCGACUGUGGGUUCUCAGGUCCCGCCGUUCCCUUCUCAGUCGAGUGGCGACUCCAGUUCCGUGGGGCAGGCCGAGUCGUCCUGGCAUAUGAUGGAGCAGCCCAGCGGAUCUCUGUGGCCGAGGAGGGUGCUGAGUUAUUCCUGGACCCAGGGAGCAGCAACGUCUCGCUGCGCCUAACGAAUGUUGGGGUGCGCCAUGAGGGCACCUAUAUCUGUACGGUCUACCUGCCUCACCUGCACGCCCAGCAAGCCAUGGAGCUGAAGGUUGUGGAGCCUCCCACGGUAACCAUCCGCCCGACCCCACUCUCAGUGGCCCCUAGUGCCCAUGCUGAGCUGGCCUGCGAGAUCUCUAGCUACUACCCGCCAGGCGUGUCCGUCAGCUGGAAACGCCGCAGCCCCAUCGAGUCCCCCCAGGAUCCCUUCCUGGAGACAUGGGAAUCCGGGCACAGGCAGUCGCCCAACGGCACCUACAGCUUCACCAGCUUUGCCCGCCUGGGGGCCGUCCAGCCUAAAGACCAUGGCGCUUCCUACAGUUGUCAUGUGUCCCAUGUCGGCUUGGGGGAAGCUGGUCUCAAGAAGUCCGUGAAACUGAGCGUGGCAGGCUCCUCUGGCCCUUCUUUCGAGGAUGCGAUCGGCUUCUUCCUGUUGGCCUUUGUGCUGUUUGGGGCCCUGCGGCAGUUUUUCAAGCACGCCUUUGGAGGCAAAGACACAACCAAAUCGGAGAAACUUGAAUAAAUCGGAGCAACUGACCAAGCUUCGUUUGUUACGUUUGGCCUUGCUCUGGAUCCCCCUUGGCUGAAGGGAUGAAGCUUAAAAACUGAUUGCAGUCUGAAAACUCUGGGGUCUUCUCUGUUGUUCCCUGCUGUGGCGUUUGAGCUGGUGUGUUUUGAUUUUGUGUGUCUGCUGUGAUGUCAUUGGGGCAGGUGUGGGGACCCUCAUCCUCUGUUCCUCCCUGCUGUGAAAGCGUUUGCUGUAUCUUCUCUCCUCCUACCCCACAUUGCUGUGUCUGCUCUGGAAGUCUAUGGUGCAGCUUUUCUUCAGGUGGUGUUUCUGCAUCCUUUGAAGGAAAUUCUGUAAAUUAAAAACACACACUCUUGAAGAAACACAGGACAGUGCAAUGGAGCAAUAUAGUUUCUGUCACAGAGCAGUCUCUGACCUAUCUUGGUUCCACUUUUAUGGAAAGAGAACUGACCUAGAGGUGGCUGGGAUGUUGGCAUUUAAUACAAGCAGCAGCCCUGGCUUCCUCCCGCUGCAUUAAGGGUGCCUCCUGUGAUAAAAGGGGUGUGUGGUGCAGCUGUCAUUUGCGCAAGGCCCUGUUGGGAAUGCUCAGAACACAGCACAAAGCUCUUGACCUCCGGGCUGACGGGAUUUCCAAGCUGAGCUGUCAUGCCAGGGGCCAGCAUCGGCUGCCUCCUCACUGAAGGCUGAACUAGAUGUGACCCAGAAGUCCUAUAGAACUUCUCCUGGAGCUUUCCCAGACAGCAGGCUGUACCGGGGGUUUAUUGAGAGGCUUUACUGUGAGUUCAAAAUUGCCCCCAAAACCAAUGAAAAAAGUGGAUUUUUUUACCACAGAGAUGUGAACUAAAAGCCAGAACUGCUAGCUUUCCAGCUGUAGGGAAGGGGCAUUCCAUUGUCUGCACUCCAAAUAUCUCUGAGUCGGGCUGACCACUUCCAUGUGAGGAUUAGGCCCCAGAACCAAUAUGUUCUCACUCCACUUCCAGGUGCCUCUGCAAAUACUGCCACCUGGAGUGGUUUUACAGAUGCCUUCAGUAGGGGGCCACCAACUCUCCUAGCCCAUUGAGAGCAGAUGAAUGUUUCCUUCUCAUCCUUGCUGUGUUGACCCGACACUCCUCCCCUUGCUGUAGACUGUAAGCCCUUUGUGGCAGAAUUCUGAUCUGUGCAGCAACAUGGAUAAUAAAUGGAUUUUUAAACAAUAA